CGCACAAACCUCAGGUUUUUGGCUCAGGAUGACUUCCUGUGUGUUUUCCCUCCUCUUCUUGGUCUCUUUUCCCUCCAUCACGGCUGGCGAUCCUACCGGCCUCAAAGUGCGAAUCACAGACAGAGCGCAGGAUGUUUUGAAGGAUCUUGGUCUGACGUUUCUGGAGGAGCUGGUUAACAGCACUAUUCCAUCCUUCCCCAUAACGUGGGAAUCCAUCAAAUGCACAGUCAUCAACUUGACACUUACUCAUCUGGAAGUGGAUCCAGCUCUGACGGUUGUUCGUUUCCAGGAUCGGGGUGUCCAAUUUGAGAUCACCAACCUGGACAUCACUUGGGAACUUCAGUAUGACAUCAAUCUGUGUUUGUUACAGAGAGUGCUUAAAAUGGACUCAAGAAAAGCCACCGUCUUCGGACAUAGGGUGAACGCCACGAUCGCACUGACACUGAUGCGAAACCAACAAGGAGGCUUGAGUGUGGACAUGACGAACUGUCAAACCUCCAUCGACAAACUGGCCACAAAAUUCAGCGGCAUACUGGGGCCUGUAAUUGACGCAUUUGUAGCUGCACCUUUCGCUCAGAAGUACUUGGUCAGCAAGCUCUGUCCUGCUGUCCAGAUGUACGCUGUGCCUCAAAUCAACUCCAUGUUGGCGGACAGAACCAUGGUGACGCAGGUGUCCAACACUAACAUCAGCAUCGACUACUCUCUGAGCGGAGACAUCACGGUGACCUCCAACGCCCUCGAUGUGCCUUUCAAAGGCAUGAUAUUCAGGCAGGGGGAGCCUGUGGACAUCUCCUCAAUAAGGAAAGGUGCGGAUCCAGUUUUCAGCGAAAAUGAAAAUAUGGCGUAUGUGGGCAUCUCUGAGUUCUUCUUCAACAGCGCCGCCAUGUGGCUCUACAAAUCAGGACCCUUUCAGUUCGAAUACCCACAGGUAAAGUGGUUCGUAAAAGGCAUUCUGAAAACUGUAGGACUCCCUGAGGCUCCUAUUCAAGUGCAUCUCACUGAGGCUCCAACCAUCAGCAUCAAGGAGACCGGACUCUCUAUUGACGUGAAGGCCAUGGCCCAGUCUCUAAAAGAAACGCCUCCAUCACCUCUUCCUGGGAACUGUCACAUCGAUAUGAACGUCGCUAUCAAAGAAAGCAGCCUGACUCUGAUCUCUAAAAACAUCAGAUGUGAAGUCAAUCAUACACACUGGUCGGGAAAAUUUGUGGUAAGAAAAUGCUGCUGUAAUCAUCAAAAACAUCUUCUAAUAAUAAUAUGA